AAAUGAAUAGUUCAACUUGUUUUAAUGCAGAGAUAAAUAACAAAAUUGUGUGCAAUUCACUGUAUUAACAUCUUGUUUUACAAAGUACCUGUUAGGUGAUACUCUUCCAACUUGAUGACAAGAGGCUGAUACCUUCACUUUUCAAAAGCACAAUUGCCUUUUUAAACAGGAAUGAAUCCAAAGCUAUCGCUUUGUGGAGACAUUUGACACAAAAAAAGCUUUUCCUGCCUUUCACGAAAUCAGUAAGAUGAUAUUCCUUUGUGUGAAACCUAGUUUAUAACAAUGUCAGUCUGCUAAGAGGUUGGUUCUUGGCUUAUUUAAAGCACCAACAAGGUGCACAACUGUUUUUUUACAAUGUGGUGUGUCAUCGGGCUUAUCGGUAUGUACUUCAGUGCAUGACUACACACGCAUGGAGAGAUAUCUCAACAGCUUAGCUUGAACUUAUUUAAUACUAAUUUGGAAUAGUCAGAAUCUUUUUUUUUUUUUUACCUGAACAGAUAAGUAACUCUACAUACUUUCUUUCAGCUCUCUUUACUCUGUGCAGAAGCGGUAGAGCAGGCCACACUGUAACACAGUGUGAGGGCUCUGAUGCAGUUCUUGCCUGUGAACCUGACUACUACAUACAGGUGACCUCCGCUUUCUAUGGCAGACGUGAUGUCACCACAUGCAGCUCUGAUCAUUCACAUGGGGAAACCAUGUUCACCAAGUGCACGUCAGACAGUGCCUAUAGCAUUGUCUCUGACAGAUGCAACGGACUGUCAGAGUGUUCUGUCCCCGUCACGGCUGGAGUGCUUUCAGAACCUUGUCCUGGGACCAGGAAGUACCUAACCGUUUCCUUCAUGUGCCUGAAAGCCAGGAGAAUUGUGGCAUGCCAAAACUACUACAACAUCAUCCGUUGUGAGUGGCCCACAAAACUUAUGAUUGUACAUGCUAAUUAUGGGAGAAGGGACGAAGAGCUUUGCCCCAAAGGAAACACAACUACCACAGCAUGUAUCAACGGUGUAACGCAACAAGUGAGGGACUGGUGCAAACCAUGGGGUGACCGCUGCUAUGUAAUGGCCACAGAUUUCCUAUACUCCGACCCCUGCCACGACUAUAGCAAAUACCUGGAAGUGAUGUAUAUGUGUCUUCACCUAAAUGGCGAACAUGGCCUGAUGGACAGUUAACGGACAUGCCACAAGCGAGAAUAUCAUGAAAUCUUUCCUGAUACAUUUACUUUAAUGCCAUUCUCCAAAAAACAUGACAUUAAAACCAUACUUACAAUUAACAACCAGUAAUUCAAAGCUUGGGUAGAAUAUAGUCAGUCUGUUUUCCCAGUGAAGAAAUGAGCAAUUACUUCGACCAUGAAGUAGUAGAAUGAAGUAGUCUGUGUUAGGGAAAGAGUGUUGGUGUUUUUUUGUUGUUGUUGUUGUUGUUUUUUUUGUUACAUUUUUAGGGGGGGGUUGCCUUUAUUUUUUAUGACAGGACAGUGAAGGAGAGACAGGAAAUGAGUGGGGAGAGAGAGAUGGAGAAGGACCGGCAAAUGAUCCGGCACAGCAACCCAUUGACCCACUGCCAGGCAACAGCAGGGCCAAGGGUGUUGGUGUUAGUUGUUGUUGUUGUUGAUUUUCUUAGGCUCAGUGCAUAAUUUCUGUCUUUACUGUAAGUAUGCAAAUCAGAUGCCCUGCUUGUUUUAUGGGUCCUUAGGACAUAAACUGUACGCUGUAUAGCCGGAUUUUUGACAUAUUCAUAAAAAAGUUCAGUAAAGCCUUGCUUCAUCUUGAA